UCAUUCAUCACAAUCACAACACGCUAGUUCCGGCUGAUUCAGAGUGGUGAAGCAAAAUUUUCAGGAAUUUCAUCAAAUUUCGACCUGAAAAAUGUCAGAUUCGUUCGGAGAUAUCUCGAAUUCAAACUUUGGCGCAGGGGCUGGUGCUGGCCUCAAUGCAAACGCUGAUUUGCAGGAUUUUGUCGAGAAGGAACAGCAGAGAGCACAAUUCAGUGCCCAGGUUCACAAUUUCAACGACAUCUGCUGGGACAAAUGCGUGGAGAAGGUGGGCACCAAGCUGGACAGCAGGUCGGAAACGUGUCUAGUCAACUGCGUGGACAGGUUCAUCGACGUCUCGCUCUUCAUCACGAACAGGUUUGCCCAGCUGCUGCAGAAAAGUGGCGGCGGAAUGUGAGACGCACAGUGCGCAGUGGACUGAACUUCUAGUUAAUUGUUGUUGAUGCCUGCGAUCGCAGGAGCAAUCUGCUUUACCUGAUUCCUGCGUGUACUUUGAUUUGAAUCCUGGUCGGAGUAAUUAAAAGAAAAGGCAGCAAAGUAUAAAUUUAUUUUGA